AACUCUUCAUCCAGAAAGAUUCUCAUAUUUUUCAUUUUUAAUGAAGAUUCUCAUAUUACACGAGGCAUCAUAACUCAUAAGUCAUAUUUUUCAUUUUCUUCUAGGUAAUUAAAUAAAUUAUUAUUUGAUGAUGUGGCAAUCAUGCAUAGGCCACAUAAGUAGUUUUUGCUCAGUCAUUAACUGUGAGAAUGUUUGACCGUUAGUUUUAACGGUCAAAAUAAAUUCCGGGCCAAAUUUGUCAAAUAAUUUCAAAAGUGGGCCAUAAAUGUCUUAUUUGAAAAAUGAGGCCAGAAUUGUCAUUAACGCUAAACUUCGGGCCAAACUAAGGUAUUAACCCAAAAUACAUUUAGUAACUCUUCAUCCAGAAAGAUUCUCAUAUUUUUCUUUUUUAAUGAAGAUUCUCAUAUUACACGAGGCAUCAUAACUCAUAAGUCAUAGGUUGUCAACCCGCGGGUUGACCCACUUUGACCCUGACCCGGUGAGAAAAACGGGCCGCACGCACCCGCCGGGUCGACCGCUAUAAGGUACCGGGUUGGAGGUCAAAUUGUGUCAUUUUUUUCUUUGUUUUGCGAAAUGCGCCUAUUUUCCGAUUUUUCUUUUCGCCUAACUCAAUCUUUGGAAUCCUAAGUUGAACAUUUGAAUAUUAAUGUUAUAUAAGUGUGUGUGAAUUUUCACUAUAUGUUGAAUCUAAGUACGAAAUGUUAUUUUGGUGUAAUAUUAUAUGUUAUAACUCAUAUGUUAGAUGAGAUUUGAUAUAAUUUAUCAGGAUAAGUACAAUAUAAUGACGUUUUCCAUAUUUCCGGGCUAAAACGGGUGACCCAUUAACCCUUGACCCACUAACUCAACCGGGUCCGGGUCAACCCGCGGGUUGACAACUUUCAUAAGCAUGAGAAAAUAAAGAAGCUCUUUUUAUUUUAAAAUAAAUUGUAAACAAAAUGAAAUUUUCUAGCCUUUAUAUUCGUUUCCCUCUUUCCCUCUGCAGAAGCAGAACCCCCCUCCCUGUCCCUCCCUCCCUCCCUCCCUCCCUCCCUCCUUCGUUCGUGUUCGUUCUUCCUCACCUAUCAAAUUUGAAUAAGAAAAGGAAAGGCAGGAAGGGGGAAAAAAGAAGGGCAGUCCUUCUUUUCUUCUACAGGGGUAUUCUUCCUUUCUUUCUUGUUUUCUCCUCUCAACUGAAACAACAAGUCCAAAGCAUAAAGAAAUGGGGUCGGAAGGCGAGAUGGCGAGGAAACCCAGAUUCCUGUGCCUGCACGGGUUCAGGACCAGCGCAGCAAUCUUGAAGAAGCAGCUCACCAUCAAAUGGCCGGAAUCCGUCCUCCAGAACCUCGAUCUAGUCUUCGUCGAUGCCCCUUACCCCGCCGAGGGCAAAUCAGAGGUCGAAGGGAUCUUCGACCCUCCUUAUUACGAGUGGUUCCAAUUCAACAAGGAGUUCACGGAGUACAGGAAUUUUGAAGAGUGCUUAGCUUACAUAGAGGAAUUAAUGAUCAAGCAUGCUCCCAUUGACGGCCUUCUCGGUUUCUCACAGGGAGCAAUUCUGUCGGCUGGACUUCCAGGUCUGCAAUCCAAGGGUUUGGCGCUGGCUAAAGUGCCGAAGAUCAAGUUUCUGAUAAUAGUCGGAGGGGCGAAAUUCAAGGCAAAAUCAGUGGCCGACGACGCUUACGCUUCUCCCAUACAAUGUCCAUCCCUCCACUUUCUCGGGGAGCUGGAUUUCUUGAAGCCACAUGGUAAGGAACUGCUGUUACAUUGUGGAGAUGCUGUGGUGGUUCAUCACCCUAGGGGCCAUACCAUUCCCAGACUUGAUGAAAAGGGGCUGGCAACGGUGAACGGCUUCGUCGAGAGGAUCCAAAACCUGGUGAAACAAGAAGAAGGGAAGAACACCCCAGGCCCCAACAAUGAUUUUUACGUAGGGGCUGUUUGAUUAGUUGGAGGAUACAUAUGAUUGUUCUUCAUCAUUUUUAUGAUUACAAUAAAGCAGAUGAAGGACCAAUUAUAUGUUCUCUAAUCUCUAUGGCACUCUCGUACUAAUCAGCUUAUCAAACCGAUGGCAAUCCCAAUAAUGCCGGUACGAAUAUAACACUGAAUUCACUCGAAUUGAUGAAAACUAGUAUGUUCAUCAGGUUGCUUAGCGUGAUAAUAUCGUGAUUACUUAAUAACCUUAACAUGAACGUCAUAUAUAAAAUUAUCGUUUACUAUAAUUUAUUAUAAGAACGGGUUCGGAUUACUGGCUGAUUUAGUGGAACCGUCAAAACAAUUGUAGUGGAGGGACAAUUCUUUGUUUGUACGAAUAGGGGCACAUCAAAUGGUCUUUAAUAGUUGGGCUGGUAAUUAUAUGUAUCGUCUCGAUUUGACUGGUAUACUAUUUUAACAAUGAUUAAUAGGAAAAAACUAUAACGUGAACUAAUACCAUUCAACCCUGAUUAUUAUUUUUAUUUCUCGUUUUCUCUUUUACUUUUCCUAGCUUCCUUGUCGACUUUACGUGACUAGUUUGAAUUUGAUAAACUUUUUGUAUGCCUUUUUUGAGAUAGUUCGAAUGAUUUCUUAGAAGUUAGAACCUAUUAUGAUUGAUGAUAUGUAUUUGAAAUUUAGUGUUCAAUUCUAAAAUUAGUUUGGUUGUAUAUUCUUUUUCUAGUUUAUACAAUAUAAACGAGUCUAUCAAUGAUUAGCUAUGAAAUCAUAAAAUAUUUUAAAAAAAAAAAUUCGCUUCAACUUCCACUGGUUCACAAAAAAGAGCAUAUUUCCAAAUUUAGCCAACAAGUUUUUUAAUUGGGAACAAAUGAAUUUGUUGGAGCAAUGAAAUUCCCUACAAUAUUCGUCAAAGUUGGACGAAACUGAAAUUUAGUCACGUCGAUUUGGAUGUUAUUAUUAGUAUAUAAAUAGCGCCUAAUUGCAUAAGGGGUCCAGUGGAUAACGAAAGAGUCUACCAUAAAUAGGGGUGUGCAAUGGUUCGGUCCGUACCGGACCAUACCGGACCAAACCGUUGUUAAGAGCGGACCAGACCAGAUCGAGUAAAAUGCGGUCCGGUCCUUGUUCCUCAUGAAUUUUAUAAUUACUGAAGAAAUGAUGGACCGAGUUCAUAUUUGGAUCGAACCGAACCAGACCAAAUGCAAGAAUGGUCCGGUUCUUGGUCCUAACAUGUCUUUCACUAAUGGACCACGGUUCUCAUGAGUUUGGUCCAGUCCGGACCGAACUGAACCGUUGCACACCCCUAACCAUAAGUAGCCUGCAUCCCACACGGAUAGUCGUCGCUCAUCCUUACCAUUUAUCUGAGUCGUCGUUUAAGGUGGGUGUAGAGUACUUUUCCUGUACGUCACGCGUCCAUAUACAACCUCAAUUUUAAUCUCACCCGUUGAAUCCUCUCUUGGCAUCGUCGCUUCAUCGAACACGUUUUCCCAUGCGUUUUCUCUUGUUCAAUGGCUGGCGGUUGACAGAGUUUAGGGUGGCAUCGACAUUUCAGAUUCUCUUCUUUUUUUCGUGAUUCGCUCCUACUCCUGAUGCAUCUCCUUUUAUUCCCGGCGUUUCUUCUUCAUCCCAAAAUUUGCAGCCCUCUACUUCUUCGUUAAGAUGGACUCUGUAGUAGGACUGUCCAUUUGGUUUUGGUUUUUUUGUGUUAACCGAAACCAAACCAAUUGGGAAGUUAAUGGUUUCAGUUUUUUGGUUUUAAACCAAUAAGCAAACUUAAUGGUUUUGGUUUGGUUAAAACCGAAAAACCAAUAGAAACCAAUAAGAAUAAAUUAUUUAUCAACAUUUUUGUUUUGUUUCUUUUGACAUGCAUGCCAACCAAUAAUUUAUAAUGGUCAUUUACCGUUAUUAUGACGUUAAUUCAAUAAAAAGGAGGGAAAUGAAAAUAAAUAUGAGUA